CGCGGCUGUCUCUUUGUCAAUAUAAAAGGGCCUAAACCGCUUCCUUGGUCUCGGUGCUUCGAAGAGACGAAGCAAGUCUGAUAAUGAAUUUUUUUUUCUCCAACUUUUAUUCUUUAGUGAGGGAGAUAAAAGAGUAGAAAAGGGAGAAGAGAAAGGUAGGCAAAACGAAGAGAAAGCUAAGCACAAAGCCACAAAAAAAAAAGAAAAAAAAAAGAAAGAAAGGAUCGUAGCUGAUCCCUGAUACUGGAGCGCAGUAAUAAUAGUUUCGAGGGAGAGAGAUAGAGAGAAGAAGCGAAGCUUGAAAGAAAGCUCUCUCUUUGGUUGGUCUCAGCUUUUCUAAUGGCCAAGAUCUGAGCAGCAGCUAAAGCUAGCUAGUGAUCUCUUUUUUGUUUUUUUAAUAAUAGUAAUAAGCUGACAGAUGUACGGAUCUCCUCCGGCUGCGGCGAAAGAUCUUAACCCUCCAUUCCCUCCGGCGUUGAACAACCAAAUGAGCUCCGGCCUUAUCCGGUACCGAUCAGCGCCGAGCUCGCUCUUCGGCGAAGUAUGCGAAGAUUUCCUCGCAGCUCGUCCGUCGAGCUCCGCGAGAGCGGCGAGUGCGAUGUUUUUCGCGAGAUUCUAUGUGCGCCGAUGCCCAACCUCCUCUCGCCGUCCACUGGGGCGGCCCUGCAGAGGAUCCAUCGCAGUUACCCUCCCCUCUCCCCGCCUCUCCCGCUUCCGCCGACGUCAGCGGCGCGAGGGAGAGGGGCAUCGAGGCUUUUCCUUCCGCCAAGCUUCACAGAGUGAUGUACCAUCAGAUGUGGACGUCGUCGAUGGCGAUGGACGCGCGAUCAGUUCAAGGGCAAGCCGCCGGUGCCGGAUAUGGGGUCAUGAGGGGGAUCGCCGCUGGAUACAGAAAUGGGAACGAAGGGUCUUUCGUCGUCAUCCUCCUUCGACAUCACCGUCCCGUCAUCCUUUAGCCUCCCCGUGGGAGGAGUCCGCCCUACUGCCGGACAACAGUAACUUCUCCUCUCCUCCUCCUGGUCUCAAGAGGCAUAGGGAGGGCCCGACCGAGACUCAGAACGGUGGGGAGGUGAGAAACGGAGGGCUGAGUCAUCAGUUCAGCUUUCCGAAGACGUCGUCGGAGGUGGCGGCCAUGGAGAAGUUCCUGCAGUUUCAGGAUUCGGUUCCCUGCAAGAUCCGAGCUAAACGAGGGUGUGCUACUCAUCCCCGGAGUAUCGCGGAAAGGGUGAGGAGGACCCGGAUCAGUGAACGCAUGAGGAAGCUGCAAGAACUUGUGCCCAAUAUGGAUAAGCAAACGAACACCGCAGACAUGCUGGAUUUGGCCGUGGACUACAUCAAGGAACUACAAAAGCAGGUCAAGGCGAUAUCCGAAAACAGGGCCAACUGCACCUGCUCUAGCAGCAGCAAGCAAAAGCCGUACACAAGCCCUGCGGUGUAGAGAGAAGAAAUUAAGAAGCUACAAUUAAUUUCUCUCGGCCGGGUAGAAAUAGAGAUACGGGCGCUUCUUUGUUUUAGGUAGCGGAGGAAGUUCGGAAGGUAUCCCGAGUGAGGCAGGCGUAGGAGGAGUAUAAUCAGAUCAAGAAAUUGUAUAGCUAUGUUGUUAGUAAUUAAAUUAUAUAUAUACUUGCAAGAUCAUGUCGCGUACCAUGUAAUCUUCUUCAUGUUUAAUUAAUUAUAUAUAUUAAUUA